AUGACUGUCACCAUUCUCGAUCCCGCAAAACUCUCGCUUUUCUAUCCGAAGGCGUCCGACGUCACUCCACAAAAAAUACGCGUGAUUUCUCAGGCAGUGGACUACGAUAUCUCCUCGGCACUACUCGCCGUUCAAAGGCUUCCCAAUCUAGGGCCUCUUCACGAGGAAAUCAAUCUCGAUGGUCUUGAUGCCGAGAACACAGAGCCGCAAUUGGCUCAUGUUGAUUUGUCGAAAACUAAUCACGCUUCGUCAUCUCUGUAUAUUCCGCCUGGAACUAUUGUAAGUGUUGUGGGGUUCUACAACGGAAGCAUCAUUACGGCCGUCGAAUGCAUUCCUUUGUCUGAGCAGGUCCUCCUAGGAAAAUACAUCGACACAUUGGCCGCUGUUGGAACGCUAAAACAAUUGUGA